AUUGUUAAGAUUUUUUUUUUUCUUUUCAACUGCAGGGAAGAGAAAAAAAAUCAUGAUUCGGUGAAUCUCUUUAAAUGCUCAAAUUUCAAAACAAUCGUCCACCAAACCGCUCAGAUUCAAAUUGGAUUCAUCAUCCUCAUCUUUUGGGAUUUGACCUUGACAUUGAGUAUUUAAAGUCUACUUAAUUCGCUGUCACUGCUUCCUUCCCUGUUUUCCCAUUGACGAGUGGAGCAGGGCAUGCUCUGAAUACCUACCUCCCGGUUGCAUUCAUCUGUCAAGCGCGACGGCGAAAAGUUCUCCGGUGAGUUUGAGCAAUGGCGGGCGGUGGAUUCGGGGACACGGGGCCUGUCAAGAGGGCUCAUCUCUAUGAGUACAAGAUUACUGGUUAUUUCAUCUUUGCUUGCAUGGUAGCCGCCCUUGGAGGGUCCCUCUUUGGCUAUGAUCUUGGCGUUUCUGGUGGAGUGACUUCCAUGGAUGAUUUCUUGAAGGAAUUUUUCCCCAAAGUGUACAGAAGAAAGCAAGAGCAUCUCAAAGAGACAGAUUACUGUAAAUAUGACAACCAGAUCCUCACCCUUUUCACAUCCUCUCUGUACUUUGCUGGUCUUGUCUCAACAUAUGCUGCUUCCCAUGUAACCAGAAACAAAGGCAGGAGGGCCAGCAUACUAGUUGGGUCAAUUAGCUUCUUCUUAGGAGCAAUUCUAAAUGCAGCUGCUGUGAACAUAUCCAUGCUGAUCAUUGGUCGGAUCUUGCUCGGUGUAGGCAUUGGAUUUGGCAACCAAGCAGUGCCUCUAUAUCUUUCUGAGAUGGCACCUGCAAAAAUCCGAGGAGCUGUUAACCAACUGUUUCAGCUGACAACCUGCUUAGGGAUCCUGAUUGCGAACUUGAUAAAUUAUGGGACUGAGCAGAUUCAUCCAUGGGGAUGGAGAUUGUCUCUUGGUUUGGCCACUGUCCCUGCAACUCUAAUGUUUAUUGGGGGCGUCUUCCUUCCAGAGACGCCCAAUAGUUUGGUAGAACAAGGCAAAUUGGAUGAAGGAAGAAAGAUACUGGAGAGAGUUCGGGGAACUACCAACGUCGAUGCUGAAUUCGCUGAUCUUGUUGAUGCUAGUAAUGCUGCGCGAGCCAUAAAACACCCAUUCAAGAACCUGCUCCAGCGGAAGAAUCGCCCCCAGUUGAUAAUAGGUGCUCUGGGCAUCCCAGCUUUCCAGCAGCUCACUGGCAUGAACUCCAUACUCUUCUAUGCCCCUGUUAUAUUCCAGAGCUUGGGCUUUGGAUCAGGGGCAUCUCUGUAUUCAUCCGUGAUGACCAGUGGAGCACUUGUUCUUGCCACCUUCAUUUCAAUGGCUUUCGUUGACAAGUUUGGCAGGAGAGCCUUCUUUUUGGAAGCGGGUGCCGAAAUGAUUUGCUGCAUGGUGGCUGUGGCCAUUACUUUGGCCCUGAAAUUUGGGCAAGGAGUAGUCCUCCCAAAAGGAAUUGGUGUCUUCCUCGUGCUUCUGAUAUGCAUAUUUGUGUUGGCUUAUGGAAGGUCUUGGGGGCCUCUGGGGUGGCUAGUACCAAGUGAGCUCUUCCCCCUGGAGACGAGAUCGGCUGGCCAGAGUGUGGUGGUCUGCGUCAACCUACUCUUCACAGCUUUGAUUGCACAGUGCUUCCUUGUGUCUCUGUGUCACCUCAAAUAUGGGAUUUUCUUGUUGUUUGCUGCAUUGGUUGUUAUCAUGAGCACCUUCAUUUACUUACUCCUGCCUGAAACAAAGCAGGUUCCAAUAGAGGAGGUAGUGUUUCUGUGGCAGAAUCACUGGUUUUGGAAGAGAAUAGUGGGAGAUGCGAGGGGAGAGGAGCUGCGGCAGCAGCAACAGGGUAAACCGGUGGGGUCUGUUUAGAAAAUAUAAUGCCGAGGGAGUUUGGGGUGGGAGGAUUUGUCAAUAAUUAUUUUCUUUUUGUCAAUGCAAUUAUGUAAUAAAAGUUAAAGAGUUAUUUUUUUAAGUUCUAAAA